GUAAGGGAAAAAGGUGAACGAUCGGAAGAAAAUAAUAAUCGUAUUUAAAUAGAGAAAUGAUAAUCUUUCGGAGAGAGGAGGAGUAUCGUUGGCAAGCCUGAACGCGCUAUCGAGAACUCGAGCAACAAGAGAGAAGGAAGUAUCCAUCUACACAUCCAUCCCGUCUAGCAUAUAGGAGGACCCCGUUGCAUGUCGGGAAACGAACAUGUACGUACGUCGUAGGAGCGACGUAAAGCGUUAAGCGUGUUUCUCGCGUUUGCGUUCAGAGUUUAUAUCCACGUUCGCAGUUUCGCGUGUGCGCGCGGAAAGAUCGCAUUUGCGUGGUGUUGUAAUACGUUUCGUUGUAAGAAAAACGAAGCUACUCUCUGCCUUCCUUACCUCCUCCUGCUCCUCCUCUGUCGCUGCUGCUUCUGUUGGUGGUGCUACUGCUGCCGCUGCCGCUGUUAGUGGUGGUGCGUGUAUUUGGUGCGGUGAGAGAGGCGAGGCGCGAGAAGAAGAUUUAUACUUUGUUCCUUUUUUCUCCUUUUUUCUCUCAUUCUAUUAGUCUUCUUGAUUUGGGACCGAAGCCAAUUUCACAGAGUUGAUGAUAUGCGCUCGCUAAUAAAGCAGGUAUCCACUCGUUAAAGUCCCGGAACUACAUACGUCUUUUUACGUGCUUUGCGGAAUUCUAUCCGAUUUUAUACGACAUAUCACGAAAUUCGCGGGCUAAAAUGCCCGACGUGAAUCCUGCGGGCAACAACGUCGACAUACAACGAACCAGGAUCAACGAAAAGGUGCGCGGUCAGGGGGACGACGCUCGCUCCUGCUUUCCCGCGAAUACAUCAUCGUUCCGGUCGUUCCACCUAUCGUCCUAUCAAAGAGGCGACCAAUUUUAAAAGACUUCUGUUUGGUGAUCUUUCUUUCUUUCUUCCUUUCUUCCUUUCUUUUUUUCUUUCUUUCUUUCUUUCUCUUUCUCUGUUUCUGUCUCUCUCACUCUCUCGCUCUCUUUCUUUCUCUUUCUCUCUGUCUCUGUCUGUCUGUCUGUCUGUCUCUCUCUCUCUCUCUCUCUCUCUCUCUCUCUCUCUCUCUCUCUCUCUCUCUCUCUCUCUCUCUCUCUCUCCCUCUCUUCCUCUUCACUUUUCGUCGGUGAUAUUACAAUCAGAAGAGAGGACAUUUGAUCGACAUCGUUCGUUACGUCGUUUAAAACAACGCUUUUUACGACGUUUUAUAACUUUUCCUCCUCUUCUGAACUCUGAAGAGAGCAUGUUGCUGUUAGAUAUUUUAAAAGAAAGGCUAAAAGACAGACGUUCUACUUCCAAUUUGAAGAACACAAAGAACAUGUUAAUUGGACUACUCUAAGUGUUUGUGAUAACACCUCAAAACGAGCUAAUACACAUUGUAAUUUUAUGUAAGUUCAUUCAAUUUGAUAGAAUAGAUAGAAGUUCGGAUCUUUACCUACUUGAAUGACAAGAACGUAAUAUGGUAACACUAAUGUGAAAAAAACGAUUUUUGGUGUCUCUAUUGUACUUUGAUUUAUUUCGUCAUAUUGAUUUAAUCUUUUAUUACAAUUUUUUAAGCGUGUAAUAUCAAUUGUGAUGUCAAGAGACUACAAAAUAUCUAUAUAAGGAUUAUACAAGUUCUUGAGUUCUCGUUAUAAAGUAUAAGUUUGCUUGACUGGUAUUAUUGACGCUCUUUUAAUCAUAGAUCUGAAAGCAGUUCUAUGAUAUUUAUUUAUCAAGUCAAUGUUGAUUUUAUAAAGAAAUAUAUCCAAUUAUCGUGCUAAGAUGUGCGAGCAGACAGAAAUAAAUUAUUUGGAUGGUGAUAUCGUUUGGGUGAAGCUAGGAGGAUGUUGGUGGCCAGGACAAGUUACUGGUUUUCAUAAUUUACCCGAAGAUAUUCAACGUGAGUUUCAAAAGAAACCAUUGAUUGCUGCUGUUAAGUUCUUCCAAGAAGAUACAUACGAAUACGUCAAAAAUUAUCAACAAAUUUAUAAAUAUAAUUGUACACUCAAAGAUGAAUUUAUUAGAAAAGGUUUGGAUAAAUAUAGGAGUAAGAUCAAAGAUGGUGCUAGUUACAUGUCCAAAUUUCCUGGUGAUGUUGAAAUGGCAGAAAAACUAACUGGAGGAGAUCCAGAUAUAUUGAAUAGUGAUAAAUUCAGUCCUGAAGAAAAACCAGAUAUAUCUGCAUUAUUUGGAGAUAAAAAAGUGCAGAAGAAGAAAAAAGAUCGAGAUGAAUCGCAUAGAAGGAGUGAUGGUACUGAAAAUAUAAGGAAAAUUACACAUCCCCGAUUUUUGAAAGAAAGUGACCACGAAGUUCGUAUUCGUCAGCAACCAAGUAGCUUACCACCCACACCACAUAGUUUAUCUACUCCACAAUAUCCUUGUCAUUUGUGCAAUUUUACCUCUUCUCGAGUUAAUGUCAUCAUUUGUCACAUAAAAAGUCAUAGGUCUGGUAAUUCCUCUGUGGCAAGAUCAAGAGUGAAAACUUAUUCGCAGUCGAGAAGUAAAGAUUCUGACACACCUAAGAGAAAAUACGUUAAAAAAGAGAAGAAUCAGCAUAAAAAUAAAAUUGAAAGUACUAUGGAUUCAGGAAAAAGAAAACAAAGUAAGCAAAAUGAAAAACCAAACAAAAAGAAGAAAUCGGACCCUGAACUUCGUGAAAAACUAUUGGCAGAUUGGGACGAUGAAUCUGAUGAAGAAAUCAGUUUUGAUCAAAAUAAAUCUUUUAACACUAGUACAAGCAGAAGUUCACCCACAAGAGAUCAAUCAUAUAUGGAUGUUAGCGAAGAGCAUAAGGAAGCGACACCUUCGGAGAUUACAGACACCCAUGAAAUUCUUGCAGAAACUGAAAAGUUACUUAGGGAAACUGAAAAAUUUGCAUCCAUUAAUAUAGAGUCAGAUACAUUGACUAGCAGUGUACGCAAAGUUGAAUGUAAUAUAGAAGAGAAAGAGCCAUUAUCUCCAAAUCUCGAUAAAGAUGAAUUGACAGAUAAAUUCGAUAAAGAAAAAGAAACUUCAAAUUUAGAAUGUGAGAAUAAGCAUUCUACAUUUGAUAAGGAUGACAAAAAAUCUCGAUUAUCUUGUUUCGACUUCGAUGAAGAUGAUGUGCCUGAGCCAUCUAUACCGCCCGUAAGAAAAAUUCCAAGAGUAUUUGGUGAAAAGAAUUUAUCUUUAAAGAAAGAAAUAAUUAAAGAAUUUGAAAUGAGUCAAGCUUUAAGAACGGAGAAAGAAGUGGGAAGUGAUAAAAUAUUGGCUGCAAUGGAACAUGACAUAUCUAAAAAGAGUAACAAAACUGAAGAAACUAUGUUAAAGAAUAAUUUAGAUAUACAAGAUACUGAAAAGAUUGAUGAUAGUAGUAAAAGUUCAGAUACAAAUGAUGAAACUAAUAAUAAGUUAGUUGAAAGUGAAAAGAAAAGUGAAGGCAAAAGUGAUGAAAUGAUAUCACAAGACAAAGAAAAACAAAAAUCUAGUAAUAAUUGUGAAACUGAAUUAGAAAUAGUAGAAAUUUUUGAAGUUGAGAAGGAAGUGACCCAAGAUGGGAAUUCUGCAAAUAUUAAUAAGGGAUCAGAGCCUAAAACCUCAAUAGAUAAAAAUGAUUCUGAUAAACUGAUGACAGAUAAUGAGACGUGCGUAGAAGACAAGACGAGGGAGACACCACCUGCUACAAAUAAUGUCAUAGAAAAAAUUGAAGUAAGUCAGGAUAAUACGAUUACUAAACAAAUGGAUGAUACAUUGUCAGAACAAUUCACUACAGAAACAGAGGAUGAAACUGUCUCUGAAUCGGCAGAGACUCUUCCUGAGCAAAGUGAAAGCUCUGAUGUGGACUUGAAUGAAGUGCCUAAAUCUGAGAAGGAUAUUUUAUUAAGUAAUCUACAAGGGGAAUUAACUUUCAAGAUUAAAAGAAGAAGAGGUAGGCCACGGAAAAGUACAGAAUCUGUAGAUACUUCUGUUGAUGAUAAUGAAAAAACAUUAAAAGAUAAUAGAAGUAGAACAUCAGAAUCUGAUACUGAUCGUUCUUAUAGUGGAAGGAAAAGAAAACCAAAUAAGAGAUAUUUUGAAUCGGAUGAAUCUACACAAGAAGAAAAGAGUAUUUUUAAAACUGAUGAUAGUCAAUCUGAGGGUGAUGAAAGAUUUCAUGAAAAACCAAAGGUUAAAUCUAGAAGGGGAAAGAAAUUAAUGGGACAAAAAAAUAAGAAUAUUGAUUCAGUGAAGCAAAUGGAAGAAUUGGAACUAUCUGAAGAAAUGAUGGAAGUUACAGAAGAUAAUGUCAAAACGGCAAAACUUAGUCCAAAGCAUGUUUCUCCUGAUCAAAAUGAUAUAAUUAGUGAAAUAUCUUUGGAAAAGAAACCUCCGGAUGAUGAAAUUACUACCAGUACGUCUCAGAAAACGUCCCUUGAAUGUACAAAUAUGGAAGUUAAUAUGGAGCAAUCGGAUACAACUCUCUUGUCAGAGAGUCUAACGUUAUUACCACCCAAAGAUGUUAUAAUCGAACCGCUAAAAGAAGAAACAGAAUUAUUACAAGUUAUGAACCAGGAAACAGAAACAGAUCUUAUAUUAAAUAAAACCUCUAUUGUUGAGGAACUAUUAAAGAAUGAAAAUGAAAGUGCUUCAAAAACAGUUGAACUUCAAGGUUCUAACAAUGCAGAUAUACAAAAACAAUCAGAUGUGUCAAAAACUACUAUUGAUAUGUUACCACCAAAGAAAUCUCAAAUAAAAAAAUUUGAAUUAUCACAGCUUGAUAUUCCUUCUGAAAGCACUACCACAGAUCAUGAUACUGAAUCUCAAGAAGAAGAAAAUCAAUUCAUCAAUAUUGAGAAUAAGAUAAAUGCAAAGUCGACAGAUUUGGAAGAUAAAAAUGUGUCGUCAGAAAGUAUUGAAAAAGUAGAAAGUAAAAUAUCAACUGACUUAAAUAUUGAAAUUGAAAUGAAAGAAGCUAUAGAAAUUACGACUGCAGAAGAUAAAAAAUCACAACAAAUACACACUGAUGCAGUUGUCUCGAAAGACAUUGCACAAUAUGACGAGCGAGCAGAAAGUAAAAAAUCCUCUGAACAAGAUGGGGAAGAUACUAAAUCUGAGGAUAUAGAAUCAAUGCCUAAAGAUAUUAUGAAGACAUCAAGUGAUCCACAAACGUUGAAAAAAUUAAUGCAAACUAGAUAUAAAGGAAAAGUAAUUCCAGAACCAGGAGUAAAAUCAAAAAAAGAAAAAGAUGCUUUCUUGGAUGAGAAGCCAAUAAAUACAUUUCAAGAAGCUUUUUUAAAGACUUUACAAAUGGAUAAGAAAAAAGAUGUUUUAGAAGAUAAUGAAUUAAUUUCUAGCAAAGGGAAAAAAUGUAAUAAGAAGUCAAUUAAGCGAAAAAGUGAUGAACUCAAUAAUGUAAAUACAGUAGUACUUGGUAUACAAGACGUAAAAGUUGGAAAUCUAGAAGAAAAUACAGAUUUGUCAGAAAAUGUUUCCAGUAUGCAAAGUCAAGAAAAUCUUCCAAAUGUUUCCAUUAUGAGUGGGUUUCAUGGCGUUGAAGUAGUAGUACAAGAGAAUAUUGAAACUAAUAAAAAAGUUGAUGAACCUGUCUUACAGAAUACUAGUCAAAUGCCAUCUUCAUCUCAUGAAUACAAUCUAAUAUCACAAACUCAAUUACCAUUGUUAGAAGAUACUGCAAAUUCAACAAAUUUAGAUUUCCCAAAGAUUGAGGAAUCGCCAAAAGUAGAAGUUCCUGCUCCUUCACCGACAUCCGAAGCUAAUAUACCGGUAAAAAAGCGUGAAAUGCCAAGAAUCAUAGAAAAUGUUACUUUAACAGAACCAAUGCAAAUUCUAAAAUCUAAACUAUUAGAUAAAUUACCCCAGAAAGGAAUAAAGCAUAAAUUAGAAAGCGAUACAAAAAGAAAUGAUCCAAAAGGAAGUCCGAAAGCAAAAAUUAUGAAAAUAGAAUCCUUACCUUCUAACAGUAAAAUGAAAACUGGAUUAAAGGUAAAUUCUCCGAAUCUUUCGUUAACACAAAAACUUCAAGUUUUAAAGGCCGAAGAAAAUGAAGGUGCUGCAAUUGAAAAAGCAAAUGUACAAACAACUCAGGCACUAACAGCAACAUCAUCAGGAAGUGAGAAAUAUAUUCAGCAAAGUUCACAAAGUCUGGCUGAUAUGGAGUUAGAUAUUAAUUCAAUGCCAUUUGUUUUAAGUGAAGAUGUAUUAACACCAGAAAAUAUAGAACAAAUGCCUGUUGUUAUAUCAUCUAUCAUACCAGCAUCUAGUUCAGUAGCACCUACAUUAUCUCUUGCUCCUACUACUCAGGCUGUAACACCUAAUCAGAUGCAACUCAAAUCUGAGAGUACUUCUGAAGCAUCUCCUACAAAAAAGAAAAGUGGGACACCUGCAAUUCUGAAGAAUAAAUACAGAGCAAAACCUAUAAUUACAAGUAUCAGAACAAUUGUACCACCACUCACAGGAGGUGUGAAAGGAUUAAAAUUCCAAAACACACCAGCUGGCAAAGCAACACCUAUUUUAACACAAAAGGCAUCACCCGGAAAAUAUGUAGUAGUACAUACAGCUGGAGGUCAGCAAGUACGGUAUAGCGUACAGGGAAAAUCUGGAGUGCAACAAAAAAUUGCUGUAUCACCAGGCAAAGGUACAGGAAAUCCUCAAGUAGUACAUCAAGGUGGGAAAGUGGUUAUAUUUACAUCAGCACAGUCCGGUCAAACGAAGAUGAUACCACUAAAUAUAUCAAAAACAUUAAGUGGUAAAAGAAUUAUGACAAACAAAGGUCAACUUCUGUGUCCUAUCAGUCCACAAAAUAUUGUAACUUCGAAGACGAUUAUUGCUCCAAAAGGAGACAAUAAUUCACCUACAACAUCCAAACUUGGUCCAAAAAUCAUAAAUACACCAAGUAUUAUUACUUCCAAAGGAGUGUUGACACCUUUAUCAGGAACUAUUACAAAAACUGCUUUAUUAGGGACCUUGUCGCAAGGUAUUCUAACAAAAGGUGGAAUAUAUACUCCUAUAAGCGCUUCUGCUUUAGGAAGUAGAACAAUUAUAAAUUCUAAAGCUUUAGUUACAAAAGGUGCUACUAUAUUAUCUUCUCAAAAUCUAGGUGGACCAAAAGCUAUUCUGACACCAAUAUCUCAAACCAUUGGAGGAAAACCAAUUCUUGGCACAAAUCUUGUUACAUCUAAAGGUACAGUUCUUACUCCAGUGACUGGGCAACAAGUUAAAGCAAUAGUGGCAAAAAGUCCGUCAAAAAGCGGUAAAAUGCAAUAUCAAUCGAUGCAACACAAAGCACAAUUGUCUGCUGCACAAAAAGCCCACAAAGUUCCAUUGUCUUCAUCACAAAGUAGAGGUUCAUCAUCAAAAUCUUCAAGUAGUUCUAUGGUGUUCCAAAAUACUGGAUCGAGUUCCAAAGUUACUUCACAGAGUAAAAAAAUAAAUAAACAAAUGGCUAUUCAACAGAGCACUGCGAUGCAGAAUCUUUCAAGUCAAAGUAAUACAUCGCAAACGGUAACACCGCAAGUUCAACAGAAAGGAAAAUCUGUAUCUUCAUCCAGUGUCCAAAAAGUUCUUAUUCCUCGAAGCGGUAGCCGUCAGUCAAGAAAUCAGCAAAAAAUUGUCGUUCAAAAGAUGCAAGAAGCAAAUGCAGCACAAAAUAUACAGUCGAAACAAAAUAUUUUAAGUUCUCAUACGACGUUACCUAAUAUUUCUAAGCCCAUGACACAACAUAAACACACAAGUGGAAAUGCAAUGACUCCUAAAAAUACCGCAAAGAGUCAUAUGACAAAUAAAAGUUCUCAAAAGAAUUUAUUAAAUAUUGCCAUGAACUCUAUAUCUGGUACAAAUGUAAAUACCAAUUUGUCUGCACCAUUAUCUUUACCACCUUUAGAACCUAUCGAGCCAGAGACAAAAUUGAAAAUGGAUAAUACAAUUAUUGAAAAUGUGCAGAAGGAUCAAUCGAAUGUAGAGAAAGUUCAUAUAGAAAAGAGUACAGAAAUAGAAAAAAUAGAUGAGCCGAAGGUAACUACCCAGCCACAGAUCAUGGCUUUACCAACAGAAAGUAGUGAUGGUACCCAAACCUAUGUUUUGGUAACUAUUGAUGAACAAGGUCAAAUACAACCAUUAGAUAAUAAUACACUUAUGUCUCUUGAGGGAACAACUCAAAAUCCGGAUGGAACAAGAACUUUAUACAUAGAUCCUAGUUCACUAGGUGAGGCUACAACAUUGGAUAAUAUCGUUCUCCAAUUUGACAAUGGAGUGCUUCCAAAUGUAGCAACCAGUACUAAUGAAGCAAGCCAAACUAUAAUGUCAGACAGUUUCCCUACAUCAGAAAUAAUACAAACAUCAAAUCAAGAUAUUUUAGCAGCAGCUCUAGCUAACACUGAUUUUCAACAAGAAAUUAAUCUACCUGAAAAUCCAACAGGAAGUGUAAUGACUACUGGAUUGACUCAGACUAGCUUAAUUAAUCAAACGAUUCUACAAUCAACGAUCAUACCACCAACAGAGCCAAUAUCUUCUCCAUCUGUGUUAGAGACAUCGUUGACUUUGAAUCAACCGAUCAUGACGCCGCUUGAAGUUCCAAGUAAUCUCCCAAUUCAAUCAGAAUCCUCAGCUUCUAUAGUUUCAGCAAUACCAUCUUCCUUGGAAUUACCAAUUACUAUUACAAAUCCGAAUAUUUCAUAUAUAUCUACGGGAGAAACACAAAUUCAAAUUCCUGGUAAUUCUAUGCCAGAUAUUGGAGAUAUUAUGGAUAGUACAGCUUCAACUGAAAUUGCAAGAACAGACAUUCCUACUAGUACUCAAUAUUUAGUAAUACCUAACUUAGAUGAAAAUAUGACUGUUAAGACCCAAGAGGCUGUAAGUGGUACCAAUGUUUCUUAUUCGGUUUCAUUACCAUGCAAUAUCGUAUUAGAAACUACACCGGUUCAAACCACUCCAUCAAUGCCUAUAAUAGAUGAUACAUAUACAGAUAAUACUCAAUUUUCGACAUCCAUACAAACUUCGAUUGCCGCAGAACAUAAUUUUGCUGAUGUACCAGUAUCUGAGAUGUUAGUUUCUAAAGCUUCCAUCACAUCUCCAGUAAAUGUACAAAUGUCAGAUGUUACAGUUGCGUCAGAAAUGAAUGUUACCUCUCAAGAAGUUCCUAUGUCUUCUCAAGAUUCGUCUAUUUCAACAAAUGAAACUUGUAUUUUAAAAAAGGCAGAUGAUGCUGCAAUACCUUUAGAAGAAAUUUAUCCAUCUCGAGAAAUUCCUGUUUCAUCUCAAGAACUAAUUUUACAGCCAAACAUUAAAAAAGAUGUAACACAUGACAUAACGGUUACCACGCAAGAAAAGAUAUCUAAUAAUGAAAAUAUACUAAAUCUGCAAUUAGUGGAUCAAGCUGUAAAUUCUAUGACUAGUAGCAUGCCUAUUUUAGACAACGAUGCUUUAAUACAAUCGGAAUCUAAUAUAAAAGUACAAUCUGUAGAACAUAUGGCAUUUGAAGUAACAGAUUCGGUAACAGAUAUGGAAACUUCUUCUCAAGAAACAGAUACUGAAAGUAAAUUUAAGCAAUUUUCUUAUAAGGACGAUGUUAAUAUUAAAGUUGCUUCACCAACACUGGUAGAACAAACUGCUACAACGAAUCAAACAGAAACAAUACAUGAGGUAUUGCAAGGUAUAUCUGUAGUACAAUCGUUAAAUAAUACUAACACAGAAAAUAUAAAAGUAGAGGAAGCUGUUGAUUCAGAAAUAUAUAAUUCUACGGUAAAACCGUCGGGAGAUUGUCAAGCAGAUGAACCAACAUCGCAAGAUGAAUCGGACGGUAAUCAUGUCCAAGGGAACAUUCAAAUACAUUUUGGAAAAACUCAAGUAGAAAGCAAUCAGGAAACUCCAUCACAAUCCUUUGAACAAUUUGAUAUAUCGAUGACAAAUGACCCUGCAGAUUUACCCAGCCAAUCUGCAUCUAAACUUGAAAAUUCCGGUGAACCAUCACAGUCAGUUACGUACGAACCAAUGGAAACGGACGAAGAAACAAUUGCUAGAGAACCACCGACUCAAUCGUUCGAACAUUUAAAACAAAAUGAAGCUUCUCAGUCUUACGAAACGUCUACCGAGGUAAAUGUAAAUGCACCAACACAAUCUUUCAAUGAACUAAUGCAAAGUCAUGAUGGAAGAAUUGUUACAAACGAAGCCAUUGAUGAUCAAAGUUUUCCAACACAAAGUUACGAAGUUGGUAAAGUAGAAAAUAUACCGGACAAUUUAGAAACGGAUGCUGAAAUUAGUCAAGAAGGCAACAUACCAUCACAAUCAAAUGACAUUGGAACUGAUGGUAUAGGUACAUCAUCAGUUUCUACCAAUAACUCUGGCCUGAAUGAAGAUGAGACAGCUAGUUCAUCAUAUGUUCCAGAGACUCCUGAGAAUCAAGAAAGAGAUCAGGAUCAAGAAAGUGCAAUAAGUACUUCGUCAUACGAAAUCCCACCUUGUGAGGAAUUGAACAUUGCUUCAUCCAGUACAAUACCUGAUACAUCAGUUAGGACGGAACAUACGAGUAUCCAUGACAAUGGAGUACCUGAAAUACCUACAUCUUCAUAUAAUCUAAAUCCAGAUAUUACUUCUACUCAUAUUGAUUCUGUACCUACAUCAAGCUAUGAGGAUCAGGUUAUAGUAGAACAAAAUGUCUCAACCUCUUACGAGGUUCCAGUGUCAAUGCCUGGCCUAGAAGAAACGUCCUCACAAAAUUUUGUUACAGAAAGUACAGACCAUAGAAACGAACCCUCCAGCUAUUAUACCCAUCACCAAGAAGUAACUGCAAGUUAUUACGAAUCUGUUGAUCAAGAAGGAAAUUCUAGAUUGGAAGAAGAUCCACAAGAGGAAGUAACUCCUAGUUAUUAUGAAGGUAAUCCACAAGUAGCAAGUCAAAGCUAUUUUACACCAGAAGAAGCAACUCCAAGUUAUUCCAGUAGAAAUGUUUCUUCGGGUUAUUAUGGUCAUAGACCAGAGAGCGAAGCCAGUCAAAGUUACUAUUCAGCAGAUGAUUUGGAAAAAACAGAGCAAUCAAAUUCGCAGAAUAUUGAAGCGUCGCAAAGUUUUUAUCAAGAGCAUACGGAUGAAUUACGAUUAAGACAGCAAGGAGAAGCUACCCCGACAUAUUCGGAACGGUAUCCCGUCGAUUAUACAUUAGACAAUUCGCCAAUAGAGAGGCAUGACCUUGUAGAAAGUUCUGUACCAGCCACUAAGCCUAUGGAAAGGUAAUAUAUUGUUACAGAAUUUUGCGAAACAUUGUAAUGAGAAGUUUCUUUUUUAAAAUAGACUAUUCAGAGUUAUAACUAUUGAUUGAUAAACUCGAGUCUAUUUUUAAAUGUACAUAGAAUGUUAAGGUAAUAAGUGCUUAGAUUUAAGGCUAAAUUUUCUUAUAAUAAUUUAUAUCUACUUAUCUAUCUAUCUAUAUAUAUACAUAGUAUCUCUCUCUAUAAUAUAUAACGUGUGUAUAUAUAUAUAUAACUAUAUAUAUAUAUAUGUUUAUUAUAUAUACAUAUAUAUAUCAUAUCGUUUAUAUAUAUGUUAUCAUAUAUAUAUAUAUAUCAUAUAUAUCAUAUAUGUAUAUAUACACAUACACACACAUACACAAAAACGGAUGCAAUCCGUUUACUGGAUUUGGUACAUAAACAUUGUAGAUCAUGAUUGAAGAAUGUGGUUUUUAUUACAAUAAUGUCGUAACCUUACCUUGUGACACAGUUUGAUGUAAAAGUAAAAAAUCGCUCGUACAAUAUUCAAAUUGUACGGGUUCAUUAAACAAUAUAGAAUGGACGUUUUAUUAAUCCAUUUUUAAUUUCUCCUAAAUGUUACGUAACUUGUUAAGUCAUUUAUGUGAAAACAUUUUAUUAUCAUAUGUGUAAUAUCGUUGAGUAGUAGUAAGAUUCACAGACCAUUCAUUGCGUAGUAUAACUCUGUUAGAGUGGAUGUUUUAUAUCAUCCAAACGUUUCACAUGAUCUGAGAUGUAAUCGAAUCUUAUUAAAAAAGAGUUAGAAAAUAUUUUUACAUUGUUAUAUUUCGUGAUUGAAAAGUAUCAAAAAAUGCAAAUUGUAGGAUUUUACUGCUACUCUGUGAUGUCAACUUAUAGUGGGCAAUUCUUCGUUUGUACAACAAAACAAAAACUUGUCUGCAGGUUCAUAAAUGAUACAAUAUUCACAAAAAUAUACCUAUAUUAAUGUUGUGCAUUUCUUCUGUUCUAUUCAAUACAAAGCAUGUUCGAACUGGCAAUCGAAGAUUUCGUUUUAUGAACAGAUUAUUGAUUACUCGACUUUCAAUAAUAUACCUGCAGAUAUCAGUUUUUCGAAGUAUGAGCAAUCAUCAAUAUAAAAAAAGCGAGCGAACUAAGGAUUGUGCACAUUAAGCUUAAUGUUUACUUCAUAAGAAAUAGAUUAUAAAUCGAUAUGAAAAAUAAAAAAGCCUAUCAUUUCAAUUAUCACAGCUGUGUAACCUGUAUGUUAAAAUGAUGUAAAAGAAAAAAUAGCUCAUUAGAAAAUCUGUCAUGUUUGAGAUGUACCUAAAUUUAUAUGUAUGUAUCCUGAAUGUGAUUAUUUUUAUCGCAAUUAGUUGAAUGUGCACAAAAAGAGGGAAUUUUAUUAUAAUGUAUAAUAUCAACAUUAAGAAUUGAAAGGUUAAUAUAUUUAUGUAUACUAGAUAUAUAGAAAGUUUAUAUGUAGAGAUCAUAUUGUACAAUUAAUAAUUGUGCAGUCAUUAAAGUACUUUAAAAGUAAAUUGAUUUGUAAAAAAAAAAAAAAAAAAAAACAAUAUUUGUUUGAUUCUACUCGAACAAGACAGAUUUGCUAAAUUAUCCUACUAAGAAUUAUAUUAUAUUCUUUAUAGUGUUGUGUUAUCAAAAAUAAAUCAAUAUUUUUAUUUUUCGUGACGUUUUUAACUAUCGUCACGCAUGUACAUAUUAUGUUGAUAUCUGAGAAGAAGAAUUCUCAUAUUAAGUAACUUUCAAAUAUAUUGGGACAUUCUAGGCAUUUCUAGCCUAUAUUUGCAAAAAAAAAAAAUGGACUGAAUUGUUAUCGUUUUCUUAUUGUCUUGAUUUUUUUGAUACAUACGUCUCUUCCGCUAUCAUGAAUUCAUGAGUUAAAUAAAAUUUCGCAUACUACGAAUAGUAAUAAAUGUUGUGAAAGGUCAAGAAAAUAAUUAACAUUUUCUAUCAAACUUUCUGGUACUGUCGUAUGUUGGGAUAUAUGUAUUAACCUGUUAAAAUAAUUGAAUAUAAGUGGCAUAAAGUGAUAAUGAAUAAAAUAGUACUAUUGCGUUCAUGUAUAUUAAUAACAAUUUGAUAUUUUCAACACUAACAAUAAUACCUUCUUAUUUCUACUGUGUGCACCAUUCACGAUUGUAACUAAGAGAUAAAAUAAAUAUACAAAUAUUUACAUAACAGA